CUCUACGCUAGUCUUAACAAAAAAAAAAAUAAGCACUAUUGAAAAAUGAAAUGACCUGAAAAUUAUAUUUCUUUCUAAAUUUACUAAUUAAGUUUGUGAAGUUAUUUCAAAAGAUUGUUGUUGUUUCUAACUAUAGAGGAAAUGUAAUUCUUAUUUUUACACUUCAUUUUGUAUGUAAUGGCAGGUUGUUAACGAACGAUGGCCAAGCGAAAGAAGUCAGUAGGGAAACCCACCGCUGCGUCGAGACGCACUACUCGACGUACUAAACAAGCUGACAAUGAAGAGCCUACUACCUCCGCCGCCGAGGGCGAAUCCUCCACCUCUGCCGAGCCCACCACGUCGGAAACAACAAACAAUCAAAAUUUCGUACAGCCUGCAACAUCUAAUGAAUUUUUACCCCAAACAGAGUCUUCUGCAACCACUACUGUGAAGACUUGUCAAACUCCAGUAGUGGCCUUGCAUAAGAAAUUUGGCAAAUAUCGACUUUUUAAUAAUGACGAGUCAUUUGUUAGAAAAUAUGAAGCUGGUAGUGAUAGUGAAACAAACAGCAGUAUAGAAAUUAGGGUUGUUGACCCCUGUGCCAGCUCAGAGUCUGAUUCUAAUGCCUUAGACACUCACUCUGACACAAACAGUGGAGCUUGCAGUAGUCCAAUAAAUAGUGCUGUUAGUGCUUUGCAAAGUCAUAAUAGUUCCAGGGAUAUUUCACCUGUACCAAUGGUGAAUGAACCAUUAGCAGUUAAAGAUAAUAUACAUGAUAAUGUAGAUGUAAAUGAGAAGAUGGAAGCAGAGGCAGCUUCCAUACUAGUCCCAGUCCCACCUGACUUGAAUGAUAAACAAUUCACGGAACAGGUAAAUAUAAAUAGCAAUAGUUCAGAUCUAUGUUCUGAACAGGUAAAUCCUGUGACACAAAACAUUCCUUUAGCUGAUGAGCAGAUAGAACAGGUGGAGUUUGCUGGAGAUGAUGAUGAAGUCAUCACUAUCGUGCAGAUUGUGGAAGAUGAUAACCCUGAAUUAUAUUAUAACAUUCAAAUAGAUAGUCCAAAAGAUCAAAAUGUACUUCAAAAUGAUGGAAGGGAAAGUUUACAAAAGCAGGAUGUUGACUUUCAAAAACAUUUUGAGAAUCUCAAUCUAAGUUCAUCUCAUGAGCCGGUAAAUUCUCAUAUGGAUUGUUCUAAUAUGCAAAACAUUAGAGUACCUCCUUGUAACACUCCUGAUUUACAGUUUUCAAAAGAGAAUAUAAAUGAAACAUUAUCAAGGCCAGACCCUAGUUUGACUCCUAGUUCUACACUCUCUGAUGACAGUAAUUCCUCUAGAGCUACAGAACUUAAUCAGAACAAUUCCAAUGAUUCUUCAGAGUCAUCUCCAACUGGUGUUCGACGGUCAAACCGUAUUAAAACAAUAAGUAAUAUGAAACAGAAAACUAAAGGAUAUGGAUUAGUAAAAACACCUUUAAAGAAAGCUUUAAUAAUGCAAACAAAAUUAAAGCUAGAGGAGAUGGGCUCUGACAGUCAAGAAAAGCCUUCUGAUAUCUCAAUUAAUGCACCUAACUCUCCAUCAUUUCCUGUUCCUUCGGACAUGCCAGUUAAGGUUAAAUCAAGAUGGCGUCGUUCUAGUGAGCUUGAAAUGGGUGCAAGUUCUCCAGCCAGUUCUCCACUGGCUAGCCCGAAUUUACCUCAGCGCUUGCCAGCUAUUGCUGAGACUCCAAAUCUUCCAGAUGAUGAGCAUGGUGUGACACCAUUGACAAUGGCAGCUUAUGAUAAAAUAAUUGAAGAGAGGAUGAACCAGUACCAGCAUUUAGAUGAGAAUGAGUAUUUAUGUGAGAGAAUGAUAAGUAAAGAGACAAAGAAGAUGACUUGUGACUGCUUUAUGACCAAAGAAGAGUUGGAUCGUGGAGAACUAGCUUGUGGUGAAGACUGCUUAAAUAGAUUACUUAUGAUUGAAUGUAAUUCUCGAUGUCCUGUUGGUGAUCGGUGUACAAAUAGAAGAUUUCAGAAGAGACAGAAUGCACCCUUAAAAGUGUUUUAUGCUGACAAGAAAGGUUGUGGAGUGGAAGCUGUUGUUGAUAUACCUAUGGGCGAGUUUCUAAUGGAGUAUGUGGGUGAAGUUUUGGACUAUGAACUGUUCUACAAACGUGCUCAGGCGUAUUCCGAAGAGAAUAAUCUUCACCACUACUUCAUGUCGUUGAAAGGUGACACGGUCAUCGACGCUACGAUCAAAGGCAAUAUAUCUCGCUUCAUAAACCACUCGUGCGAACCCAACGCAGAAACGCAGAAGUGGACCGUGAACGGGGAACUGAGGAUAGGGUUCUUCAGCAAGAGAGAUAUAGUGGCAGGUGAAGAGAUCACAUUCGACUACCAGUUCCAACGGUUUGGAAAGGUGGCGCAGCGUUGCUACUGUGGCGCCAACAACUGCCGCGGUUGGAUUGGUGCAGAACCCGACUCUGACGACGAGGACUAUGAAGAGGAGGAGGAAGAUGUGUCGACUUCCAAGUCUAGUGCAACAGAGUCUACUGAAGAGUCUCAGGUCAUCGACGCACAAUCCGAGCAGCCUCGCCCUCGGCUGAGGAAGAGUAAGAAAGAACGCAAGUACAAACCCAAAGUGAAGGACUUGGUUCAGGAUGCUGAUAUUGAGGAGGACCUCGAGGCGCUGAGCCGCACCGGCGUGAAGAACCAAAGUCACACGCUGCGGCUGUCGCGGACCGUGGUGCGCGCGAAGACGCGGCGGGCGCAGGCGCGGCUGCUGCGGCUGCUGCGCGACGCCGACCUGCCGUGCCGCCGCCUGUUCCUCGACUACCGCGGCCUGCGCCUGCUCGCGCCCUGGUGCAGCGACGCCGCGCUCCACUUCAGAUUGGAAAUGCUGCAGACAGUGGACAGAUUACCAAUUACAAAUAAAACAAUGGUGCAGGAGAGCCGCUUCUUUACAAUUGUCGAACGCUGGUUGAAUUCAACUGAUGUACCACCCGAUCCUGUGUUUAUUGACGAAGCUACAGGUUUACCAACAGAACUUCCUAAUAGAGAUGGAGAGGAGGACAGUGCAGCAGCAGCGGACAGAAGCAGAGAACAUGCUGCGAUGUUAGAAAAAGUGAAAGACUUAUCUAAUCAGUUGUUAGAACGAUGGUCCAGUUUAAAGGAAGUAUUCAAAAUACCGAAGAAGGAACGUAUACAGCAAAUGAAGGAACAUGAGCGGCAAGCGAACAUCGAGCGUCGGGCGGCCGACUCGAGCGGCGCCCGGGACCGCGACCGCGACCGAGAGCGGCGUGACGACCGCGACAAGGAACGGGAGAGGGAACGGGACCGGGACCGAAGCGACCGAGAACGGGAGAGGAGCGACCGGGACCGCGAGCGGGGCGACCGGGACCGCGACAGGCACAGGGAGCGGGACCGCGACCGCGACAGGGACAGGGAUAGGGAUGAUAGGGACAGAAGGAAACGGAGGGGAAGUCCAGAGGGCAGGAGAAGUAUAAGGCUAAGCGAGCGGGUGCUAGCAGCAGUACCGCCGCUAAGCAAGGAGGAGCGGCGGCGAGCGUUCGCGGAGGCAGCCGCCGCAGCAGAAGAAACACGUAGGGCUCGCGACCCGCCCGCCUGGCCGCCAUACUGGCACCCGCACCUCAACGUCAACGUCAACCAGCAUCCCCACCCACAUAUGAACCAGCACCCGCACCCGCAGCGCGAUUCAUACCCACAGAUGUUUCCGGGCGGCGUGGUGGUGCCGGGGGUGGUGCCGGAGCUGGCGGGCGAGUGGCUGCCGGACUUCCCGCCGCCGUUUUGUCCUCCGCCCUUCCCCGCGCCGCAGCCCUAUUGCGUGCCGCAGCCCAAUUUGAUGGGCAUGAGCGGUUUCGGCAUGGGCGGCUUCAUGUUCGGUCAGCAGAUGGCGCCGUACCCGCACCCGCAGCCGCCGCACCAGCAACACGACGUGACGCAACCGGGUCUCGCUACAAUGCUGCCGGAGAGCUCGCAGCCGGGCGGGGCGGCAGCAGCGGGCGCGGGGGCGGAAGCGGAGGCGGGCGCGGAGCCGCUGCUGCCGUCGCUGUGGCGCAGCGCCACCGACGACCGCGGCCGCCGCUACUACUAUCAUGUUAAGCUGCGACAGCCGCAGUGGCUGCCGCCGCCGCCGCCACCGCUACACCCCGAUGAGAGUUCAUCUGAGGAGGAGGAAGAACAAAUGAGCUCAGUAGAUACUACCAUUAUGAACAGACGAGUCAAAGGGAAGGUUGUUGAAGGCGUUAAUGGAAUCUACGAAGUGAUAAAAGAAGACUCGCAUAACGGCUUGAUCCCGGACCAUGCAUUGCUCACAAUAAAGCCGCGGAAGCGGCGACCGGGGCUGGUGUCUGAACGACCGAUCAGUCCGCGCACAGAAGAAGACAAAUUAGCAGGUCGAUUGGAAGUAAAGCGAUAUAAACAGACGAAAGAGAAACUACGCAGGAGACGCGAGCGGCUCAUGCAGAAGGUACGGCUGUUGGCGUCCGCUAAGCGUGGGAAGGAACUCUCUCUUCCAGAACUUAAGAUGGUGGAUCUAGCUGACUCCGACACGGACUCCGAGCUCGACUCAGAGGACGAGGAGAAGCCGGCGGAGGCGGAGGCAGAGGGUGCGGGGGAGACGGCGGUGGCGGCGGAGGAGGAGAGCUGCCGCGUGGCCGCCGUGACGGAGGCGGAGGCGGAGGAGGCGGCGCGGCGCCGCAAGGAGCAGUUCCGCAGCAGCAUGGCGCGCGUCAUGGUGCAGCACCUCAACCCCUACCGCCGCCCCGACGCGCCGCUCGGCCGCAUCACCUGCACCGCCGACUUCAAGCACCUCGCCAGGAAGCUUACACACUUCGUAAUGUUGAAGGAGCUCAAACACUGCCAGUCGGUAGAAGAGUUGGUGGUCACCGACUCGGUGCGGACGAAAGCGAAGACUUUCGUCAAGAAGUAUAUGGCGAAAUUCGGGCCAGUGUACAAGCGGCCCCCCGAGGAAGCCGACUAACAGGAAAUGCGACGGUUUCGGCUGUCGCUCAUGUGAUUAUACUGACUUGGUACAACAAAGUGAUUCAAUAGUGAAUAUAUUCAAGUAGAACAGUUCAUCUUGAAGAAACUUAACUGUAAGCCAAUAAUAUAUAGUGUUGUCGUUACAUUUAACUAACGAAUUUAAAGUGUUCGGUGAUAACCUCUAUUCGUGUAGUUACUACUUAACAUGUAAAGGUCACAGGAAAAUUCUGUACCAGUAUUUCUCUUGUGUAUUUAUUAAUGUUUGUCAGGUAGAUUGGGCUGCAUUUUUUAUACAUUAAGAAUAGAUAAAACCAAGGACUACCUAUACCAUUGUCUCUGUGAAAGCCAUUAAGGAAAAAAAGGACUGCCUUAAUAAGUCACAAUUGUGGUCUUAUAUGUACAUAAACAACACAGAUCAUGUGACGUCUAUAGCAUACUUUAUUUACAUUGUUUGUAAUUCAGUACACAAACAGUAUGUUCGCAGCAGUAAAUAUUUUAUCAUUUAUUUCAGAAUUUAAUCAUUUAGUUUCAGUAUUACAAUUAAACAUUCUUUAAAAAAGCUGAAUUCAUAAUGAACAUCAAAUUGUGAACCCUGCAACAGAAAGGCAUUUUACGAUAUUUAAAGGAUGAUGGACUACUGGUUUUUUUUUCUUUUUUAUACAAUUUAUAAUGGCAAACAAGCUGACGGCCCACCUGUUAGAAAGUGGUAACCGUCGCCUAUAGACAUGAGCAUUACCAUGGACAUAACAGAGUACAGUGUUUCGCCCAUGAUAUCCCCCAUGCGUUGCCAUUCCUGAGGACUCAGAUGUUAUUCCUCUGUAGCCUGUAAAUUCACGCCAUAUCCCACCCUUCAAACCGAAACACAGCCAUGCAAACACAACUGAUUCACGAUAGAAACACGAAUGGGACAGAUGUUUUUACAUUGCGAUAAUACGAUAAAAUACAAUACCACAGAUAAUUCGACAAGAAAUAUUUACUGCUGGAUAAUAAGUAUUUCUUAUGUCAGAGAUUUAGACAGCUUUGCUGCUUAACAGCAGAAACAGAUAACAUGGUGGUAACCUUUUUGUUUGUCGAUAGGUAAUCAUCAUUAUCAUAUCAACCCUUAACUGUCCACUGCUGAACGUAGGCCUUCCCCAUAAGGGGAAUUUUCCCAGUAGUUGCCACGCUUGGCAGGCGGGUUGACAACCACAGUUAGACCUUGGUGAUGUUUUAAGAGGGACGCUGCUGCCCAUUUCUCGACCAUUAAGCUCCCUUAGUCGUCUCUUACGACAUUAACUGGAAAGGAAAAAGUAAUCUAUUCUGGGACUACACGCCUAGGUAGGCACAAAGCUCGGUAGGUUAAGGCCCUUUGGUAAUUAUAAAGGCGAACUAUUAAUACGUACGUUAUUGCUACCAAUUACGAUUAAGAAAUUUUCUUUAUAUUGUAAUGUUGUACUUUAGUCACUGUAAAAAAAAAUGUUUUGUCAGUUAUACGAAUGAAUCUAUGAAGGAAUUAUGUCUGUUAAUUCAUGUAAAUAUAUUGAGAUAAAAAUGGACUGCCUACUAAAAUUAUUAGUAUUAGUUAGUUAUUAUAGGUAGGGUUCAAUUUUUAAUGCUCAAACUAGCCGUUUGAGUUAGUGGAGUCUUUUAAAAAGAUGUUAAAUGGAUUGAUGAAUUGAUAUAUAAUAAAUAUGAGAUGUGAAAAUUGCUUUUAAAAAGUAAAAUAGACUAAAUGUAAACAGCUGAUGAUAUAUAUUGUUAAGGAAUAGCAAGACAGAAUAUUGCAUUAAAGAAUUAAUUAUUAUUAACUAGAUCCAUUUAUAAAAA